CGAGAGAGAAGAAAAUGGUGAGCCGUGCCACCCUCAGGACACACCAUAGUCGGCAUCUGAUGAAACGACGAUAAAUCUCUCCACUUCUGCAUCGGCAACCCGAACCAUUGCGUGUCUGCCUUGAAGUUGUCACGUGCUCUUUCGCCCAUGUGGAGUGAUCCUUCGGCAGGGCGCUCGGCGUCCCUCGCUGCCCCUCCCUCAUCGAGUGCGCAGGCUGCCAGCGGGCCGACGCCGGGCACGUCAGAUCCCGGGCCUUCGAGCAGCAGCUCAUCUGGGCCUCCCAAGAAGCCGCUGGUCAAGCUGCAGAGGUUCGGCGCAUGCUUUGCCAAGGAAGCCGUCGACCUCAGUGAGUCAGUCGGAAGGAGGAAGGAAGAACACUCGACAUGGGAUGAGUGGGUAUUACAGGGUUUUACCAUGUGGCCUGCCUGUGUGUCAUUUAGAUGAGCUGCGUGAGCUGUUGUGGUCUGGUGUGCCCGAUGAGGCGGAUCCCAGCGUAAGGGCCAAGGCGUGGCAACUCAUGCUGGUGAGUGAGCUUAGGAAGAGGGAGGGAGCCAAGAUCUAUGACGUUGCAACCGUCGAUGCAUUUGUUUGCUGUGUGUGCGCCUACCCUGCUUCACUCAGGGCUAUCUUCCUGUUCACGUGGAGAGGCAAGUCACAGGUGAGCGACAAGCAAGUGAAGUGUGUGGAUUGAUUGAUCGGAAGCACUCUCAUUCACUCACUGCAGGUCUCUCCAAGAAGAGGAGGGAAUAUCGGGAGCUUGUCAAGGUCAGACAGACAGAGCACACGGACGGCUGUGUGUGUGACUGAUGUAGACAAACACAACCAGCAGUGGGUGGGUGAUGGAUGUUCUGUGUGCAGGAUUACUUUGAGCGCUCGCCCGAGAUGAGAUCUGACAACGAGAACCAAAUACUCAGACAGGUCGGCAAUUGACCACUUCAUUACCACCGCCACCGCCACCAGCAGCAGCAGCAGCGGUUUUCCUUCUCCCUCUCUGUGUGAGUGUCGGCCAGAUCCGUGUGGACAUUCCUCGUACGAAUCCGGGUUUCAAGUUCUUCGGCGAUGCCGUCAUGCACGGCAUCAUGGAGAGGACGCUGUUCAUUUGGGCGCUCAGGAACCCUGCAAGCGGAUAUGUGCAGGUAGGUGCACUGCACACGGAGGAAGGGGAUAGACAGACCAUGGCAACAGAACUAAGACAUCCAUCCAUUUGUUGCGCCGGCCUGUGUGUGCAGGGCAUUAACGAUUUGAUCACCCCUUUCCUCGUGGUCUUUCUCGCCUCCUACCUCAACAAGAGAGGUACACACACAUUUCCUUCCCAUGGCGCGUGGCGUGUUGUGUGGUGAGCGAUCCACGUAUCCAUCCAUGCAUAUGUAUGUGUGUGCAGAUGAGGAUCUUCACGAGUUGGAGAUCAGUGAGGUGCCGUCCGAGGUGCUCGAGCACAUCGAGGCCGACGCAUACUGGUGCCUCUCAAAAAUGCUCGCAGACAUACAAGUCAGUCAGUCUCCCAGGAAGGAGGGGACAGCUGCCGGAAGGAAGCAGCGCACUCCGACCCUAUCGCCACAAAUGUUAUGCGUGCAUGUGUGUGUGUGUGUGUGUGUGGCUCAGGACCACUACACGUUUGGUCAGCCGGGGAUUCAGCGGAUGGUGCUGAGGCUCAAGGAGAUCGUCAAAAGAAUUGACGGUCGGUGGGCCGGCGACGCGACUCGCGCCACCGAUGCGAUGCACACACAUCUGCAUUGCUCUGUGUGUGUGCGGGUCAUAUAUCUGCGCAGAGGCGCUGUACGACCAUUUGACCAACAACGGGUUGGAGUUUCUCCAGUUCUCAUUCAGAUGGAUGAACUGCUUUCUAAUGAGGUAGGGAGGGACGACACACAGACUGACCAAUGAGGCAAAAGCCAAAGAUGCUCCCGUCUCUCUCUCUCUCUCUCUCUGUGUGUGUGUGUGUGUGUGUGUGUUGACUGACAGGGAGUUUCCGAUGCGUUGUGUGAUACGUCUGUGGGACACGUACAUAGCCGAGCAAGCCAGCGGCUUCUCCAACUUCCAUGUCUACGUAUGCGCAGGUGGGCAGGCGGCACACACAGAGGAGGCAGGCCGGCCGCUUCACAGAACAGACGGACGAUAGGUCGGUCUUUCCUCCUGUCCGUGUGUAUGUAUGUGUGAUUGGCAGUCUUCUUAGUUUACUGGGCUCCUCAGCUCAAGAUGAUGGACUUUCAACAGGUGGGUGCUUACACACUCGAUAGAUCUCAUAUGCCUGUCUGUCUAUCUGUCUGUCUGGGUGUCUGAGUGUAUGUCUGGGUGUGUCGCACGUCUUGUGUUGCGUGUGGUGCAGAUGAUGUUGUUCAUGCAGAAGUUCCCGACCGAGCAGUGGCGGCCGCAGCAAAUCGAAACACUACUCGCCGAGGCGUAAGCCAGCGCGCACACACACUGCCCAAAGCCCUCCCAUCCACUCCCUCCACUUAUGCACUCGUGUGUGUGAUAGGUAUGUGCUCAAGAGUUUGUUCCACUCGUCCCCCAAGCACCUCUCGUAAAGGCCGGCCUCCAGUGAGUCAGUGGCUGGCUCGCUGCGUGGCUGCGUGCGCGGGCGG